GGAGUGUGAAGUCAUUUGCAAAAUGGCGAGUUAUUCGUAUGGCCAGGGAUACCAUGGAGCAGCUGGACAACCUCCAGGCGCACCUCAGGCAAACUAUUAUGGAGGACAGCAGUAUGGAGGAGGUGUUCAGCCUGGAGCUGGAUAUGGGGGGCCAGCUCCUGGUGCACCUUAUGGCCCACCAUCUUCUGGGGGAGUUUAUGGACAUCCUAUCCCAGGUAGUGCUCCACCUGGAGCUCCUGGAGGCCCCUAUGGGGGACAAGCACCAGGGGGACCUUAUAGUGUCCCAGGUUCCACCCCUUAUGGAAACCAACAACAGGGAGCACAUACUGGAAACAUUCCUCCAGGGGUGGAUCCAGAGGCUUUCUCGUGGUUUCAGACUGUUGAUACAGACCGCAGUGGCUGCAUUUCCUUGAAGGAGCUGAAGCAAGCACUGGUCAAUUCCAACUGGUCAUCGUUUAAUGAUGAGACCUGUAUGAUGAUGAUGAAUAUGUUUGAUAAGAGCAACACUGGGCGCAUUGAUUUGUAUGGAUUUUCAGCUUUAUGGAGAUUCAUCCAGCAAUGGAGAAACAUGUUCCAGCAGUACGACAGAGACAGAUCUGGCUGCAUUAAUCAAGGAGAAUUGCAUCAAGCUCUGUGUCAGAUGGGUUACCAGGUCAGUCCACAGUUUGUGCAGUUUGUGAUGUCCAAAUAUGCUCAGAGAUCUGCACAGCCAGGGCUGCAAUUGGAUCGAUUCAUACAGAUUUGCAUCCAACUGCAGAGCAUGACUGAGGCCUUUCGAGAGAAAGACACUGGACUUGUAGGAAAUGCCAAGCUCAGCUAUGAGGACUUCCUCAACAUGACUAUAACACGGCUUCUGUAAACUGGACCCCUUCAAGCUUUCUACUCUUCGAUGGAUCCUCUUUUAUCUUUACUCUUCUGGAAGAGCAAUGUAAAGUACUCUUACUCAUACUAUAUUGGAGAUGCUGCAAGUUUAUCUUUUGUGUUCUCCUGUUUUGCCCAGUUUUUUUUUUUCCUCACAGGCCAACCUUUUGUUCCUACUUCUGACUUACGAGUAUGAUAUAUACCACCUUUUAUAAUGUAACUUCUCAGAUUUAGUCAAUGUUCUUGUACAUGUAAGCUAAUAUUCAUUCGAUAUUCAUCUUAUUGCACUUAGAUGUCAACAAAUGAACCACUAGAUGGUGCUGUAGUCUUAUCUGGUGUUACUGGGCCAGUUAGUUAUACUGGACUCCGAGCAAUGUUCUGUAUAUGGUGUCGGUUUAUUUUUAUAUUGUUGCAGUUUUCUUUCUGUAUAUAGAACAUAUUUUAUUAAGCUGAUGCUUUCACAGUGACCGCUUAAUACUCACUUUGGUACACCCCUAUAUAUUUAUCAAAUGUAUAGUAAAAGCUCCCUGCAAGGAACUUCUUGUCAAGACUCACCUGAGCAAUGUAUAUCUGGAGCUAGUGCUCUCAUUUUAGUCUUCCAAAUCCUUAGGAUUUUCCAGCAGUUCUAUAACCUUUUCCUAUCUGAAAAGUUCUUAAAUUGACACAGCACUCAAAGCAGUGAGAUGUGUCAUUCUAGCAGAAUGUGUAAUUUAGCAAUAGCUGUUCUCUAACAGGGCUGUGAAACAAUAAUCCACUAUGCAAAUUGCAGGCAGGCAUGAAGGGUUUAUUCAAGCACAGAAAGGAAUUUGUUAAAUCAGAAAUUAUCUGUAUUUUUUUUUUUGCUACCACUUUGGAAGAAAAUAUUGAUCAUCCCAAAAUUUAGAGCCAGAUUGAAAGAUGUGUAUUACUUAAAACUAGGGAUGCACCAAAUCCAGGAUUCGGUUCACGAUUCGGCUUUUUUCAGCAGGAUUCGGCCGAAUCCUUGUGCCUGGCUGAACCGAAUCCAAAUCUUAAUUUGCAUAUGUGAAAUUUAGGGGAGGGUAGAGAAAUCACGUGACUUUUCGUAAGUAUUUUUGUCCAGUUUUUUCUUUCCUGCCCAUAAUUUGCAUAUGCAAAUUAGGGUUCGGUAUUCAAACUAAUCUUUCACCGGGGAUUCCACCAAAUCCCAAAGAGUGUAUUCGGUGCAUCCCUACUUGAAACGAAAUGCUUUUGCAUUUUAGUGCAAUUCAGUUGUAUUGUCUUAAAGGGGUACUUUACAAUUCUGUCUUUAGCAAUGUUUUUCAUUGGUCUCCAGUCAAAGAUUAUGAAUUAAAAACUAUUGAUCUGUGAUACUACAAUUUUUGUAGCUGGUACUACUACUUUUCAUUUAGGCCCUCUCCCAUUCAUAUUCCAGUGUCUCAUUUGAACCACUGCUUGUUUGCUAUGGUGAAUUGGACCGUAGUGUCCAGAUAGCUUCUAGGCAGCUAAAUAAUUAAAAAAAUUAAAAAAAAACUAAUUAUCUCAAUAUAUCACUUUCCAUAUGAUACUAAAAUUUAAUUUAAAUGUGAACUACCCCAUUAAACUUCCAAAUGUAACAAUAUGCAUUUAAAUCAAUAUCUUAAGUAGCAAACAUUAGUUAAUUGGGUACUGUGUUAAUGUUGGUUGGAGGUCCCUUACUUCAUACACAGUGACAAAUAGUGUGCAUGACUUAUGAAGGUUUCUUAGGCUUUUUUUUAAUUUAGCAGUGAUUGCCAAAGCUUGUAAAAUUCCAUUCAUUGCACUUCUGCAAUACCGUUAAAGGCCAAAUGAACAUUGUUUGGGUUGAAAAUUUCCCUUUUCAUUCCUUGACUUCUUGCCGCCGUUAAGGCAGAAUUCCAUGAAAGGAGGAUGCGUUUUAAGCAGCUUAGAUCCCCUUCAAACUAUGUUGCCAUGUUUUAUAUAGGAUCUGAAAGAAGAAUUUCAGGACUACACAGCAAACCAAGAUGAUGACGUAUGAAAUAAACAAAAUAUAUAUUAGUCUGUCUUUCUGUCAAGUGGCUGGUCUGAUGUAUUUUAGGAACUUAAGAAUACCAUUGGCUGCAAGGGAAUUGCCUCUAGUAGCCUGUUCCUGCCAUUUUGAAUGGUGGUAUUUAUUGGGAAUGAAUUUUAAAAAAUUGAUUGUUUUAAGGUGCCAAGGAAUACAGGGAAUUACUCCUUCAUAAUUAGAAGGCAAAUUCUUGGGUAGGGUUUCUUACUGUAAUGCACUGUAGUGUUUAUGCAUGGAUAGAUAUCUUCAGUGUUAAUACUUUGGUUAAUGAUCAUGUGUAUUGCACUUUUCUGGAUUUUUAGAUAGGUAGUGAUAAGUUUAGCUCACCAUACAUUGAAUAAUCUGGUUGUGUAGCCAAGAUAGCGAUUUGUUAAACCCAGAAUGGUACAAAUCAAGAUUCUCUCAAUGUUGACCAUCUGGACAGUAGUUCAUUGUAGGGCCUGUAGAAUAUAGAUUGCAGACACAACCUAAUCUAAUAAGUACCAGGCCAGAUAUGUGUCUCAAUAGGAAAGAGGUUAUCAGAAUAAGUUCAGGCUGUGCAUUGAUGGCUUUGAGUGUGUAGCUAGCCUCCCCUGCUGACACCUGGAUAUUUUAGUUACUUUAUUACGUACGCUGCCAAAUAAACCUUUGCACUGGGCAGUCUAUGUCUAAGCUCAAACAUGAAUUGAAAGGGAUGUCCUCUAUCUGUUGCUUGGGGAAAUUUUUUUUUGUAAUUUUUAAGCUUUGAAUAAAUCUAAUCUGAUACCAUG